ACCUCAUGUUUUUUGGUGAACAUGGAUACAUUUCUUACAACUAAGAUGGCUAACAUCACGAUAUUAUUGAUACUGAUAUAAUGGUAUAACCAGGAUUUUGAUAUUCAUUUUUAUGAAUACUAGCAAAUACUGCUGUCGUAAUUAUACUCUUGUUAUGAGUAACACUUGUUAUCGGAAACUUUACCAUUUCGUAGUUGUGAAUAGAAUGCGACCAUGUUUACAUCAUGAACCCCUUCUCUGUUGAAUGUUGAUGUUUACUAUAUUCAUGUUUUCAACUGUGAACCAAGUCCUUGAUACAGUUAACUUUAUAAAGGGAGAGUUAAAAUACAGUGAACUACCGUAAUACAUGAUCAGUGUGUGCGUGGGUUCUGCAAGGAAACAGCAAUAAUGGAAAGAAAUUUAAGUAUCCUAUCCAUUUCGCGUGGGUAGCUUACAGUAGGCCAUGCUAGGUUAUAUAGCCUAACGUAGGCUUGUAAGCUAUGCUUCCCUAAGGCACAUCUUGGCAUUGAAAAGGCUAGAAAAGCAAGGAGGGUGUUGAGAAACUAAGAGAACUCACUGAUAUUGUUAAUUAAAGUCAUCAUACCAAGUUACUGUUAGGGGGACACCACCGCAGUGGAUCCAUCGUCAUCGCGUGGAUCAGCCUUGUUCCAUCGAUAUUUAAUUGGUGAAACAAGAAUACAAUUACAUCUUUAAGCAUACCAUGCAAAAGAUUGAAGUUUUGGCAACAUAAUGUGAUAUAUGAAAGUGUCAUACGAACUUAAACAGGCAUAUGAGGUCUUCAUAAAAUAUGUUUUCAAGGCAGUUUUUUAAAUCCAAUAUGGCGUUCACCGACUGAGGUGCCGUUCGUAACCUCAAAUGAUUCAACAUCUUUCCCAGCCUUCUCAGCACUCAUUUGAACAAUGUUAGCGUAUAUAUGUAACGUUUAUUGAUCUUACUCAAGAUUGCAUUUGUAAUCAGCACAAUAAAGCAACAUUUUUUUGCCUAUAUAGUAGUGAAAGUAUGAAACUUCUUAUUCCCGGGGUCGUGGUUUGAACGGAAAUUCAUUUUUACCUUUUAAUCGGUGGUUUUAUCCUCACUGCCAUCACAACAAAGUCCACAGUGCUUAUUUGAUUGUAAUUAUAUAUGUUUUGGUCUUAAUUCACUCCAAAUUGCACUUGAACUACGUUGCGGUUCCUGGUUCCUAAGCGCUCACCCCACAAACGCAGUUGCAGGCAGCACACGACUGCACUGUUUAUGAGGUGCAAAGCUUUAUUCCCUUAAUUGUUUACUUCACUUAUUAUUUAGUUUAACUUCACUUUGUUACUUCAAGAUGUCUAUUUAAUUCAUAUUUAUUAUCCCUUUUUUGCAACCAAAUUAACCCCGAAAAAUUACAGAUAUUUCUAAAGUAGAUACGAGCAGACGGCAAAAUGACCCAACUAGUGGAGCUUCACACAUACGCCGAUGCAUUUACAAACUGUUUCCAUGAAUUCUAGUUGUCAUAGUAAUGUAAUAAUAAUAAAGUUGCUCUAAUAUGCAUAUAUACUACAAAUAGAUACGCUAAUUCCACUUAUUUCGCUGGUUUUGUGUAAGUCUUAUACCCAGUUUGGAGGAUAAACACAUACCAAUUGGCAACACUGAUAAACAAUAGAAGAGCGUGAACAACGCCGUAGGUACUGUUCACAAGCAAAACUGUUGAUAUUUGAGUCAGGAAUCUAUUUACUUUUACAACAACGAAUAUUUUCAAAUUAAUAAUCAUGAAUAUGUAAAAAAUUUAUGCAAUUCAUGACCUUAUACUGCCGUUUAAUUAUUUAUUCAAAUAAUUAUCUAGUGCGCGCUUCUUCUUCUUCUUCUACCAAAAAUCGUAGUUUCAUUUGAUAAGUCGUGAUUGGAAGUCAGUGUUUACGAUUUUUGUGAACAAAGUGCCUCAGCGUUUAGGGGUACAAGUGGUGUGCGGAUUUAGCACAUGGAAUGGGAAGUUUAUUGACACAAGCAACUCUGCAAACAUUGAGAUGGCGUCAAUCUUCUAAAUAUUCGGAGUUGUAAGUAAAAAUUUCGAAAGCGUCAUGGUGGUAUGUAUGCACUGCGUAGAGCCAGACUUUCAUUAACCUCUGUUUAAUCUUAAAAUGUGACUUUAAUUUCAAACGUUGGAGAAGACACUUACUUCGAAAGGAUAGUAGAGGUCUCGAGCUCUUGCUCUCACCACCAACAACUCGUGACUGGUGCCCAUCUCCGGUAUCAGGACGUGUUAAAGUACUUUUUUGGAGGGUGGAUCCACACGUGGUGGAAACUGGAUCCGCUAGUCCAGUCAGUUGUUCCCCCUAUUUAUAUAUAAGUGAGAAGGGAUAGGAUCAGAGUUAGGGGUCACGACUUACUUUUGGGGGGCUAAAGGGUUAUUUUUGGGGGGACAGUUAUUGUAGGUUAUGCUAGUUUUGAUUAUGAUAGCUAAGUUAAGUUGACUCAGCACUCACCGAUCCUUCAAAAUAGUAGGAAGCCAUCGAUUAGGUUAGCCUAUACCAGUGUUGGAUUGGCUGGUUAGGGUACGAAAGUGAAACAGUUGUGAAAUCGAUUGAAUGGGAGCUCCUAAAGAAUUCUAAAACCUCUGUAACAUCAAAAUAAUCUAUAUAUGACUUACAUAUACUCCAUGACAUGUCUUUCAUGCUUCUCAUAGCAAACCUUAGUAACCAUUUAUUAAUUGCUAUGUGAUUGUAAAGUGAUGAGAUCCUUACUAGGCUAGAUUAUUUAGCCACAGUUGGCCAGACUUAGCUGACCAACUUUACUGGUUAGGCCAUUGCCGGUUAAGGUUAGGCAAGGCUAGUCCGGUGAAUCACCUGUAAAACUUCAGAACGGUUGCAUAGGCAAUACAAGACAUAAACCACAGUCCCACCUCCUUUAAGGUCAAUUCAUUUUGGGUAUGGGGCUACCAAAGUCCCUGUGCAAUUCACUGGUUAUAGGCGACUGGGAAUUACCUAAGGUUGGUUGAUGUUCCUUGAUAGUUUCCCCAAGAAAUCCAGUGACGUCAGACAGCUCAUUCCUUGUAAUCAUCGAAGGGAUGCUUUUGUCAUAUGUUGUGCAACAACAAAGUUGUUACCCAAGUGCAUCAAGACACAAGAAGGAUCAAAGAUGGAAGGAGAACUUGAAACCCAAUUGAUGGUAGGCACUUCAGCCGAGGUAGUACAGGUGUUUUGUGGCAAGAUCAUGGGUAUAAAAUGGAGUGGUGCUUAGCAGAAGCAACCAAUCAACUGAGAUGGGAGAAAAGUUUCACUGAUCAGCCCGGAAGAAACUAGCGAAGGCUCUCAGGACUGUCACCAUGGCGUCCCUCAGACGAUUCGUACCAUUUGUACUACCUCUCUGGAUUGGCUUCUUUCUGAUCGCUGCCUCGACCCAAGUGAAUGCCCAGGGGUAUGGAGGAGGAAACCCUGCACCUGCCAACACCGCCACCACCUUGGGAUAUAAUGAUACAAUGUAUAACGAGAACGUAGUGUUACCAGAAUCUGCAUUCGAAGGAGUAUGGGUACUAACACCUGUGCCGGUGAAUGUCGUCGUACUCGUUCCUCCUGCACGUGUCAGCAGGAGAAGGCACGGUGUGGUCAUCAUUAUCAUCAUCACUGGAAACGAGUACACAGGGUGUUGCUUGCAAGGUUGGAGGUACAAGCACGGCUGUCUUAUCAGUGUCCUCGAAUUAUUUUUCAUCUGUCGAGACGGUACCAUGGAUUCACAUAACCUUGGAGACUCAAGUGAGGAUGAUAGUCGAUGGAAAGUUGCUGUUAGGAAAAAUCGAAGAAAACGCGUCAUCAGUAUCUCCAACAGUGCCAUUAAUAUCGGGAUAGACAAUUUAUUGAAACGGUCAGAUGUUAGCAUUGAUAAUAUGCAACAUAAUGCGGUAAUUGUGGAUGUUGUGGGUCAGAAUUAAAUAUGGAAUAUAUCUCGGCAAAAUUGCUUUCUUCUAUCUCGAGUAAGUUUAUAAAAUCGUGUCUACACUAACAUCAUUUGAAAUCUACAUUAUUUAUGAUCUGAAAAAUAACUAGCGCUGUAAAUGUCUAAGAAGUUACUUUAUUGUUUUUCACCUUAAUCACCAUCCAUACUUCACUAUAGUAUAGUGGUAUAAUACACCAUAUAUUUAUUAAUAAUGUCACUUUUUCUAAGGGCAAAGGUAAACCACACUAAUAUUAUGAUGAAUUUCUGACUAGGAAUUUUAUUUGGCUUCUAUUGUAUUCUUAUUGGUAUUAGGAUGAAUAAAAAAAGAUUAUUGGCAA